AUGGCCGCCUCGCCGCGGCGGCGGGCGGCGACCCCUAGCCUGCGGGACCUUCUACUCCUAGUCGCGCUGCCGCUCUUGCUCUCUGGCUGCGGCCCCUCCCCUGCGCGCGGCGGAGACCUCCGGCGGGUGGUGGAGGUACCGGGCGAGCCGCGGUCGGUGGUGUGGGCGGUGCAGCUCUCGGACCUCCACCUCAGCGCCUUCCACCCGGAGCGCGCCGCUGACUUCCGCCGCCACGUGGGCGACGCGCUCGCCAUGGUUAACCCCGGGCUCGUCCUCAUCACCGGCGAUCUCACCGAUGCAAAAAGUAAAGAUUUGUUGUCAUCGAGGCAAGAGGAGUUUGAAUGGAUUCUGUAUGGACAAGUUAUUGAUGAAGUUGCUAAUAGGAGUGGGCUGAGCAAGGAAAUAUUUUAUGAUUUACGAGGUAAUCAUGAUUCAUAUGGUGUUCCUGAGGUUGGUGGUAUGUUUGAUUUCUACAAAAAGCACAGCAUUAAUGCAAGAUUAGGACGAACAGGGGCUGUCCAAAGUAUGACAUUACAGAAUAGCGGCAUGAAGUAUUUAUUUGUUGGAUUUGACAGUGCAAUGGGUGUUGGUCUCCGAAGCCCAACAAACAUAUUUGGCCAACCUACAGAUCAGUUGCUUUCUGAUUUAGAUGCAGCACUUUCACAGUGGGAUAAUCAAUCUACAAGUUCCCUAGUAACCAAGAUCGUCUUUGGGCAUUUCCCUAUAUCCUUUUCUGCAUUGACAACUUCUGGAAGAAGUAUUAGAGAUGUUUUUCUGAAGCAUUCACUCUCCGCUUACCUGUGUGGGCAUCUUCAUACCAACUUUGGAAGAAAUUUGAAGCGACAUCAUACAUCUGACCAGCAACGAUUUUCUUUUAAACAGUACUUUCAGUUGGAUAUCCAUGAGGGUAUGUCAACAACUGUCAGUAAUGUCAAUUGUUCUGCAAGGACAACAGAGUCUGUAGCAGAAUUCUGGGAAUGGGAGAUGGGUGAUUGGAGAAGUGCCAGGAGCAUGAGGAUUCUUGCUAUUGAUUCUGGCUAUGUCUCAUAUACAGAUAUGGAUUUCAGAUUUGGCUUUAGAGAUGUGAUUAUAGUACCCACCUUUCCGUUGGAUUCACGGUUUAUGCAUAGAUCUUCGUAUCCUUAUGAUUUUGCUUGCCAAGCCAUGAGCACCACACAUGUUGGGACAGUGAGAGCUCUUGUCUUUUCAAGAUACAAGAUUAAAUCUGUAACUGUUAAAAUAUACGAAUCACAUUCUGGAAAUUUUCAACUGGUCCUAGAGCAAGAAAUGGAAAAAACUAGGGGCAAGGGAGCUAGAGGAGCUAUGUAUACAGUCCCAUGGAACUGGAGGGAUUUUUUAGAUGAGCUACCAGAUCGAUACUGGCUCCAGAUAGAAGUAGUGGAUAUGACUGGGGAGAUUUACCAUAGUGAACCGAGACCAUUUUCUGUUAGUGGUCUAACUGCAAAAGUUAGUUGGACGUGGAAAGAAUUUAGAGUAAUGGGUUGCCAAUGGAAUCAGCUGUACUACCCAAUUAUGUGGACUACCCUUGCAUUUCUUUUUUCAUUGGUUCUGGUUCCUCGCACUUCUCUCACGUUUUAUGAGAACCGAUUCAUGUCAAAAUUUAUUAGACCAAAGUUGACCGGAAGAAGUUUAGGAGGCUUUUCGCCUGUUAAUUUUGAGUAUUUUGCAGUUGAGCUUUCGAAGAUGUAUUUUAUCUGGUCUGGAAUGUUGUUCUAUUUGCUAUAUUUGGUUUUCUUCCCAUGGUUUACUGGCUAUGCUGUCACGGAGAACUACAAUAAGAUGUAUUUGCAUUACAGAGGCUGGAGCACUAGAUAUCUUGCCAACACCACUGCGUUGCCAUGUAUUGGUUUGCCUGAUGUGAUGGUUAUUGUUCUUCCUCAUCUUCUGUUUGUGGUCUUGCCAGCGUUUCUUCUUAUAGCAGCUAUAGCAGCAGAAAGAGCACUGUAUCUAGGUCAUCAUUUCUCCCAGAGAACAAAGAAGGAUGAUGAUCACUACAAAAAGGCAUGGCACAUGAAGAAUGUUUACAUAUUUUACUGGUUGAGAAAGAUUCUAAUACUUCUAUGCCUACCAAUUGUCUGGAAACAUUGGAAGCAUUGUAGAGCUAUUGUGAGGGCAUAUGAGGUCAACCCAUUCAUGGAUGCACCCAUCUACUGUUUUGGUGUUCCAGCACUUCUAUGGUUGGCCAUAUACAGGAGUUCAUCUGUAGGAGUUUACCAACUUUGA